AUGGCACGAAAUCAUGGCCUUCAUCCUAAAAUACCCUCGCAGAGUAUACACCCAUCUCUCUUCCCCUCAACGCCAACCUGGUAUCUCCUCCUCGUCCUCCUAAUCCUCAACGGCAUAGACUUCAUCUCCUUCGAAGCCCUCAACCACAGCAACCCAACCUUCAACGCCCUCUCCCCGGCGCACCGCAACCUCGACGGCCUCGUCCAAACCAUCUUCAUCCGCUCCGCCGGCUUCACCGUAAUCUCCAUCUCUUCACUCCGCAUCGGCCUACAAGCCCUCUACGUCCCCAUGAUGUUCAUCUCCGCCUUCCCCGUCGCAAUAACCAUGCGCUCCUCCAACGUCUACGAAGAGCGCAGUCUCGGCAUCUACGCAUCCCAACUGCGCGCCCAAGCCCCUAACACAACCGAAUCAGCCAGUCUGCUCUCCCGCUCCUCCCGUACCCGUCUCUACUUCCUCCGCCAACAGCUCGCCCACCAGCUCUCCCACGACUUCUGGUUCGUAGUCAUCUGCGCCAUCGCCGUGAUCUGGAUCGAAACUGCAUCCUACGAACGCGACCCGCUCACGUUCUCCGUCUUCAAUAUUCUAUUCGAAGUCAUCAGUGCGUACGCGUGCGUCGGACUCAGUAUAGGACUACCUGACCAGAAUUACGCGUUAAGUGGCGCGUUUCAUACGAGUAGCAAGGUUAUUCUCUGCUUUUUGAUGUUUAGGGGCAGACAUAGGGAUUUGCCGGUUGCGAUUGAUAGAGCGGUGCAGUUGCCUGAUAGUAUUUUGGGGACACGGGGUGAGGAGGAGGGCGCGGAGGUGGGGAGGGUUUAG